CCGCUUCUCGUACACUCUCAAGUCUCGCACCCCACACCCCCAUAAACUCCUACUUCAUAGUUUCCCAUUUUCCGCCGACCAACUUCAUAGUUUUUCUAUUCAAAAGGCUUGUAGAGUAAUUUAUUUUUGUUGAGAUUUUUUAUGGAGAAAGGUGAGAUCAUAUUGGAAGCAAUCUACGAAGAGAAUGAUUUAGGAGACGGAGAAGAUGUUGAGAUGCUUGAUGUAGAAGAAGGAGAGCUCGUGGAUAAUGACCCAGUAAAUGAUUCAGGAAAAACCGGAGUUGCAGAUGUUGAUGGUGAAAAUCAACGUUCACAGAGUAAAAAUAAGAAGCGCGGAGGAAAUAAGAGGAAGAGCAAGAAAAAAAAGGGUGGUUCAGGACCUAAAACUUUGGAUAUAGACAGGUUUGUGUUAGAUACCUGCAGAAGGUUAAAAGAGAAGAAAUCAUACAUGGUGUAUACUGCUGUGGGAUGUUUGGGGAUUUCUGCAUUGAGUGAUCUUGUUAAAGAGAGUUCUCAGAUGGAUGCAAUUCAAUCUUGUGGAGGACAGAUGACUGCUGAUGGCAGGCGUUGCAGGACAGGUGGUGGCAUUUUAUGGAAUAUCAUAAAAGAACGAGAACCGGCUGCUUAUCAAGAAAUAAUGAAAAAACCAAGGAAUUUGAGAAGCAAUUCAAGCAACAAAAUAUCAGACAAGCACAGCCUCAGAGCAAAGAGAGCUCUUCUCAAAAAACUGCCUCUAUGCUAUGAAUGGAACUACUACAAGUGUUCCAGAGGAUUCUGGACCAGUUACCAAUAACCUUACGGAAGAGUUGAGUGCCAAAGGAACACGUAAAUCAAUUCAUGAUAGAACUAGGGUCCCUGUUUCAUAUGAAGACCUUCUAGGAGAGGAUCCAAAAGACGUUUAAUGGACCUGAUCGUUUUGAAAACAUUGAAACUUUGCUUGGCAUCAAUUUUGCAUGUAUAGAUUUGUUGAUACAAGGGGUUUUAUAUUAUUUGGGAAGCUACAGAUGUGAUCAUGUUUUAGAAUAGUUAACG